GGGGGUUGAAGAAAAAAGAAAACGUUGGGACUUUUGCUGCUGCUCAUCAGAGCGCGUGUUAAUCUUCGCAUGUUUUCUACCUGUAGCAAGUUUCUUUCGAGUUGAACAAUUCUGCAGAAUGGUAACGGUGGGGGGAGAGACUUAGGGUUAAAUAUCGAGGGGGGUCUGCUGGAUGUGCUGCUGGUGGGGGGAGAAAACUCGAAUAGGAGGAGUUGGGUUAUUUACCUGAGGGGGCGCCAAAAUCUUCCUCUUCUUGUGUACAACAACUUCCCCCCUCCGGUUGUUGUUGAGGAGCUAGGAGCUGGGAGGGGAGCAAGUUUUUGGCCCAUACAACAACUCCCCCCUCCCUCCUCUGCACGACUCCCUUCUCAACUGAAUUCGAUGAAUUUCCAUGUUUCAAAGUCUCUACUCUAUUCUGUACGUAUAUAACAUUCCUGGGCUUCUGUGUGUGUGUGUGUCUGCUAUUCGCCGCUCUCUCUCCCAUCUCCUGUGCAGUAGACAGUAGAGCGAAAAAUAAAGGAGAGAACCCUCUCUCCGGACUGGUGCAGCAGCAGUCGUCGUAGUAGUAGCAGCGGAGUAGUAGUAGAGGGACGGACGGACGGGAAUGGAUGGGCAGGAAACAUUUUUGAAAUAGUCGAGUGGUGGCAGUGUCUCGGUGCUGUCGUCUUUUUCCAUCCAUCUCUACUCCCUCACGACGCUCUCUGCUCUUCUUCUUUUAGACCAACUACCUUCAUUUAGUACACGUUCGUUGGCUAUUGUUGUUGUGGUGGGGAUGUUGUCGUGUUGUCUCUUUGCAGUGUUGCGGAUGUGACCCUAUCGGCAGAAAAAACCAUUUCAAACCAAAUAUACCUGGUCGUGAUUUUUUUAGUGUUUUUAUAUUUCAACAGUUUUAUUUUAAAAGCCGAGAAGAGAGCAAGUGUGUGGCGAGUUGUUUGUCUGCCGAUCGUGUUGUUGAUUGUGUGGAAUUCUUUUUGCGGUUGAAGAAGAGGAGAGCCCCGUUUUGUGGGGGCUGUGGAUGAAGGAUUCGUUUCGCAUGUUCGCCCCACUAGCAGCAGCAGCCUGGCCUCUCGUCAGUCCCGGUGAGGCGUGGGCGUUGAGCGGGGCCAAACUGACUUCUUCCUGGCAGCAGCAGCAACAGCAGCAGCAACAAAAUCAACAGCCUUACGGUUCGGGAGCAUCAGCUAUUCCGGGUGGCCAACAUCAACAACAACGUGGUGAGCCAACAACAUUGUCCAGCACGAUUGGCAACAGCAGGACGGACGCCGCCGUGGAUCACAACAACAUGGCCGGCGAGUUACCACUCUCGCCUGAAGAUCUCUCCAGCGAUGACGAAAAAGAUUUGGCGUCGGCCGACGCCGAGGGCGUUUGGAGUCCCGACAUUGAGCAAAGCUUCCAAGAGGCUUUGGCCAUUUAUCCGCCUUGCGGCAGACGGAAAAUCAUCCUCUCUGACGAAGGGAAGAUGUACGGUCGCAACGAACUCAUUGCCCGUUACAUCAAGUUGAGGACGGGCAAGACGCGGACGAGAAAACAAGUCAGUUCGCACAUCCAGGUCCUGGCCAGACGGAAAUUGCGUGAAAUUCAAUCGAAAAUCAAGAAUGCCUCCAAAGAUGAAGUCCUCCGCCUCUACGGUUCUGUGGCCCAGGAUCAGGCCACCAAGGAGAAAACGUUGCAAAACAUGUCCAGCAUGUCCAGCGCCCAAAUUGUCUCGGCCAGUUCACUGCACAACAACAAGACGGGCCUGUCGGGACUGGGACUACCCGCCCCCGUCUCCUACCCACCGCCGUUUUGGCAGCCUGGUCUCCAACCUGGACCCUCUCAAGAUGUCAAGCCGUUCGCACAAUCACAUUACGCAGUUGGCGCCAGUCCUUCUGCGAAUAACAAAUCAGGAACGUCGAAUGGUGGGACAGGUUCAUCCGCCGCCGGGAGCGGCGGGUCGGCCGAAAUGGCCGGCCUCCUGGCGCCUUCAUCGGCUACACCCAACAACAACGCACCUUCGUCUUCAUCGGCGGCCUCAGUGACGACGGUGGCCACGACGGCCGGUCUCACCCCUCCAGCUCCACCCCCGCCAUGGGAAGGACGGGCCAUCGCCACCCACAAGUUGCGGCUGGUCGAGUUCUCGGCCUUCCUCGAGCAGCAACGCGAUCCCGAUACGUACCACAAACAUUUGUUUGUGCAAAUUGGAGGCGCCACCAGUUACUCGGACCCCAUGUUAGAGGCGGUUGAUAUCCGGCAGAUCUACGACAAAUUCCCCGAGAAAAAGGGCGGCCUCAAGGAGCUCUUCGACAAGGGUCCGCAGAACGCCUUUUUCCUGGUGAAAUUCUGGGCCGAUUUGAGCACCAACAUCACGGAGGACGUGGGGGCCUUUUACGCCGUGACGUCUCAGUACGAGAGCAACGAGAACAUGACCAUCACGUGCUCGACCAAGGUCUGCUCCUUUGGCAAGCAGGUCGUCGAGAAGGUGGAAACGGAGUACGCCCGCUUCGAGAACGGCCGCUUCGUCUACCGCAUCCACCGGUCGCCCAUGUGCGAGUACAUGAUCAACUUUAUCCACAAGCUCAAACACUUGCCAGAAAAGUACAUGAUGAACAGCGUCCUCGAGAACUUUACCAUCUUGCAGGUGGUGACGAAUCGAGACACGCAAGAGACGCUCCAGUGCGUGGCCUACGUUUUCGAAGUGUCCACGUCGGAGCACGGCGCCCAGCACCACAUCUACCGGUUGGUGAAAGAUUGACCCGACACCACCACCCGCCAGCAGAGUGAGGCCGUCAUCACUUCAAGCAGAUGCUUUUAGUGUUGGUUUUCUUACUUUUUGAAAUCAGAGGAGAAAGAAAGAAAAAGGAAGUUAUCAAAGAAGAAAGAAAAAGACGAUUCUAAAUAUAUAUAUACAUUGCGAUGUGUGUGUGUGAUACGCCAUGGCAGCAAAAAUAAGAUGGAAGAGGAGCCAAGAGAAGACAGACAACCCCCGGGCAUCUUUUGAUUUAUAUAUUAUUAUAUAUAAAUAUAUAUAUCCCCCCCCCCCUCUCCCGUUUUCUUCUUCCGUACGGUUGCAGCUAUUUUCCGAGUUCUACUUUUUGAUUUCAAAAAAACAAACAAAACAAAACUGGUUUUCUUUUGUUGCAAGAGAUGGAACUCUUUUUUUGUUUUUUCAAUUGUGGGGAGGGGGAGGUCUGUUUUUGUGGGUAGUACACCCGUGUCCAAUACCAAGGCGAUAUCAAAUCUCUUGUCUCCCUUUAAUGUAAUUUUUUUUUUUUUUUAAAUCACACACAUACGCCCAUAUUUUUUGGGAGGGUCUUUCUGUUUCAAUUUUUAUCUUUGGUGAUUUCUCUCGGUACGUGUCCCGGAAUUUUAGCGAAAUUUUUAGUUGAAUUUUCCUCGAAAACGGGAGAUGGCGAGUGAAAAUUGAACAGAUUAUGUGUUGUGUGUAGCAAUUUUUUUAAAAUUAUUAUUAUUGGAAUAAUCAGGGGCGGAUUAUUUCGUUGGGGCGAUGAAAACCAAUCAGUGGCGGCUUAUUGUCUGUAAUUCUUUUUCGUAGGUGGGAUUUAAAAAUUUUUGUUUUGUCCCUUUCCGUCGAAACAUUUUUUUAAGCGGAAAGAAAUCAAGUUGUUCUGUUUUUUGUUUUGUUUACUUUUUUUUCUCACCCCUUUUUAAUUGUUUUUUAUGUUCUAUAUUUUGGGAAUGAUCGACAAUACCAGAUCUCAAUUAGAUGACGUUAAACAAAACAACAAAAAAAAGUAACAUGUGUAAAAUGAUAUAAUAAUAAUAACUUUUUCUGUGUGUGUGUGUGUGUGUGUGGCGUGUGCAUCUCUCUUCCCCCCCUUCUAUCUUAUUUCUUUAUAUUUCAAUAUCAUAUUUUUAAUAGACAUAUUAUCAAUGGGAGGAGGAGGAGGGGAACCCGUCCUCUUUUCUUCACGAGAUUGCGUGCGGCUGCUAUUUAGAAAUAAUUCGUGAGUGUGUGUGUGUGUGUGUCCCUAAUUUUUUUUUCAUCUUUAUUUCCCGUGCCAAGAGACUCGAUUUUUUUAUUCUUUUUCAAAGAACAACAUCCGCCUCUUCCGCAAAUCGUUACUCUACCUUUUGAAAAACAAAAAAAUAACAUUUCAAAAAUAUAGAAAAUCGCGCCAUAUCGGUACUGCCAUAUCAAAUCCCUGAAACUAUUGAAAAAUUGUCCUUUUUCCCGCCCUUGUCAUUUUGACGCGUUCAAAUUUAUCGAAAAGAAUGAAUUGAUUUUGUUCCUCUUUUAAAAAAAAAACAACAAUUAAGCAGAUCACAUUCACACACUUAAUUCGUCAUCAUCACCCUUUAUUUUUUUUUUGAAAGUACAGUAUGUAUUGUUUGUUCAGCAACAUACAGUGCCUUGGCCCGGUUUAAUUCUUCUUCAUUCAAAAAAGAAAUUUUCAAUUUAUUCUCAUCAAUCCCACCAACUCGAUCGUGGUCUCUACUCGGCUAAAACCACGUUUUUCUUUUGAUUUUUCUAAAUUUCAUUUUUUUGUGUUGAGGCAUAAUCUAUGCAAAUUCUUGGAAAUCAAUUGAAGCAAAGAAAAAUGCUAUUUUCUUAAUUUCUCCCCCCCCCCACUUCCACAAAAAUAAUGGCAAUGUCUUCCGAUCCAAGUUUUUUUUUUCUCUUCCCAUUUGGCUCGUCGGAAGUAAUUUUUUUAAAUUCCUUUUAAUUAUUUUUAUUUUGAUGUAAUUAAGGAUGUGUAUACUCCUCUCAUGUGAUCCCCCUCGUCUCUUUCGUGUGUCAGUGUGUGUGUAUUUUUUUAAUAUUUCGAAUAUUAUUUUCUAUGACGUAAAACAAAAAUUUGAUGUGUUAAAUUCCAACGGCCAUCUAAUACUUAAAAAAACAAAACAAUUUUGGGGGGGAAUUUACGACAAUCAAACGCGAAAUGAGAGAAAAACCAACGCUGCUAAAGAGACUGCUGAAUCAAACCAAAAUAAUAUCAAUCGUUUCCAUAUCAGACGUCUUUCUUUUUUUAAAAAACAAUUUACUAUCCAACACACACACACACACACACAUUGGCAUGAAAAACAAAAGAAUUAUUAUUAUUUUUUAAACCUCUAAUCCAUUCUAUGGUUCUCUCUUCCCUCUAUAUUAACCUAUCAUUAUGUGCGUGUGACUGUCUUGUUCUUGUGCUGCUGCCCGUCUCUCAUGAAGAAAAAAUUCAAAAAUUCAAAACAAAAAACUUGAAAAAAAAAAGAAAAUCU